GUUUGAGUACCGGGCAGGCAGCAGGGAGAGUCAGGCAGCAGCCGUGAGCAGGUGGCUCGUCCCCGGCUUGCCAGCAGGCUCCGUGCUCCUUGAAGCAAGCGCUCCAGAGGCUCCGGAAGCCACGGCUGGAUUGGAGACAAGAUGGGAUCCUCAGAGGACCACGCCUAUCGACUCCUUAAUGAGUACGCCAACGGCUUCAUGGUGUCCCAGGUUCUCUUCGCCGCCUGCGAGCUGGGCGUGUUUGACCUUCUCGCCGAGGCUCCAGGGCCCCUGGACGUGGCGGCAGUGGCUGCAGGUGUUGGGGCCAACGCCCAUGGGACAGAGCUCCUGCUGGACAUCUGCGUGUCCCUGAAGCUGCUGAAAGUGGAGACGAGGGGAGGAAAAGCUUUCUAUCGAAACACAGAGCUGUCCAGCGCUUACCUGACCACGGUCAGCCCGACAUCACAAUGCAGCAUGCUGAAGUACAUGGGCAGGACCAGCUACCGGUGCUGGGGCCACCUGGCAGAUGCUGUGAGAGAAGGAAGGAACCAGUACCUGGAGACGUUUGGCGUUCCCGCUGAAGAGCUUUUUACUGCCAUCUACAGGUCCGAGGGCGAGCGGCUACAGUUCAUGCUGGCUCUGCAGGAGGUCUGGAGCGUCAACGGGAGAAGCGUGCUGACCGCCUUUGACCUGUCAGUGUUCCCGCUUAUGUGUGAUCUCGGUGGUGGGGCUGGAGCUGUGGCUAAGGAAUGCAUGUCCCUGUACCCUGGAUGUAAGGUCACCGUUUUUGACAUCCCAGAAGUGGUGUGGACGGCAAAGCAGCACUUCUCAUUCCAGGAGGAAGAACAGAUUGACUUCCAGGAAGGGGAUUUCUUUAAAGACCCUCUUCCGGAAGCAGAUCUGUACAUCCUGGCCAGGAUCCUCCACGACUGGGCAGACGGAAAGUGCUCACACCUGCUGGAGAGGAUCUACCACAGUUGCAAGCCAGGUGGUGGCAUUCUGGUAAUUGAAAGCCUCCUGGAUGAAGACAGGCGGGGUCCUCUGCUCACGCAGCUCUACUCUCUGAACAUGCUUGUGCAGACGGAAGGACAGGAGAGGACCCCCACCCACUACCACAUGCUCCUGUCUUCUGCUGGCUUCAGAGACUUCCAGUUUAAGAAAACAGGAGCCAUUUAUGAUGCCAUUCUAGCCAGGAAAUAACUUUUUCUUGUGAUCUGGAACUACCGUCAAGGCACACAAGACAUAAUAAUAAAGAGAUGUAUCUCCA